CCUCUCCUUCGUCAUCGUCAUACAACAACAGCCAGCCUCCCGUCUCUCCCCUUCUUCUCACCUAUCCGUUGUCACCACUUAUCCAGCCAGAGCAGGGAGGCUUACGAAUCUGAGCGUCAGCCACUGCAUCUCGCAACCAACGCACCUUGGACAGACGUAGCGUGCGCCGUCGAGCGAGGCUUUCCUACAUUAUCAUAUCUCUUCGCUGUAACCGACGCAGUCAUGGCAUCAAUACAGCCUGUUGUCCAGUCGUCAAAUUAUGACUAUCUUCGCCGCAAGGACUCUUCGCGGGUCUCGAAUGGGUCUUCAAUUCAGAGAGACAACUCGUUCAGACAGCCGCACCCUGUUCGUCAACCCAACGAGCGUGUCAGCAACGGCACCAUGAGCACCACUUUGACGGACAUGACUGCUGCCUCGAAUGCUGACACAGUCAACACCGCCACUACGGAGCCACCAGCGUACUCGAAGAAGAUUGUCGUUGUUGGUGAUGGUGGCUGUGGAAAGACGUGCUUGCUCAUCAGCUAUGCUGAAGGACGGUUCCCUGAGAAAUAUGUUCCUACUGUGUUCGAGAACUACAUCACACACACGACUGUUCCGGGAACACAUAAGCCCAUAGAGCUGGCUUUGUGGGACACCGCUGGUCAGGAAGAAUACGACCGUUUGCGUCCACUCUCCUAUCCGGAAACGGACCUACUCUUCGUCUGCUUUGCCAUUGAUUGCCCCAACUCACUCGAGAACGUCAUGGAUAAGUGGUAUCCUGAGGUCCUGCAUUUCCUCCCUAACACACCCAUUAUCCUUAUCGGUCUCAAGUCCGAUUUGCGCCACAACAAGACCUGUAUUGAUCUCUUGCGCUCGCAGGGGCUUACACCGGUGACAAAAGCCCAAGGAGAGGCUGUCGCUCAGAAGAUGGGUGCCAAAUACAUGGAGUGCUCCUCCAAAGAGUGGGUUGGCGUCGAAGAAAUUUUUGACCAGGCCAUUUUGGACGCUGUCGCUGCAGGCGAAGAGCUUGAGGCACGUAUGAAGGGCCUAUACAAUGCCGGCGGAGAGGAAGGUCGGGAUAAUGGGUUGAGCAAAAGUAACGGAAAAGGUAAGCGAAAGAAGGGCUCCAAAGGAUGCAAGAUCCUUUAGAUCUUUCUAUUUCGUUUCUUCCGGCUCGCUCAUAUUAUGACCUCUGAGUGACGGGCGACUUUCGAUCUUGUCGUUGAUUAAUUGGGACAUCGGAACAGCAAGCAUAGAGAAUUGGCGUUUAUGUUGAUGGUGAGAAACCGGGGCCGAACCACUCUGGGAAAAGGGAGUCGCAUUGUUCCCUUUUACUCUCUUUAUAUUUUCUUUGAGCUUUUAUUCAGAUGGUACGAUGAAUGAUAGGAACAAUGUAUUUGCAUGAGCAGACUGCUCUCCCGCUGUCUGCACCCGAAAAGACGAGAAAGGAACGUAAAGUAAGGCAGGGAAAGAAAGAGAAACAUAUUGUACCCGUUGCACACGCUUGCUGCGUGAAAGAUGAAGAAGGGCGUUUGGGCAUAGCUUCAACACCAAAGCAAAAAUCGAUUAUUUGUAUACACGCACCAUGCCGCAGUCUGGUACGUGUCUGGGUAUCGUCAAAUACAC